UUCGUGGUUAUUCUAAAGAACUUUAUCGUGUUGCUGAACGUAUUUUUUCAAUUGCAGUAACUACAGCAUCUCUUGAAAGACUUUUUUCCACAAUGGGAUGGUUACACUCAAAGCGGCGAAAUCGUUUAGCACAUGAGAAGGUUUUAGGAAUGACUCAGUUACGUGCUUCAAUGCAACAAAAACUUAAACAAAAAAAAAUUGAUGAAGAUGCAUUAAAGUUUCGAAGUACAGGUGUUGCACUUCCAGUAAAUGAAAAUGAAGAUCCAAAUGCAUCAGAUGAUCUGAACGUGUCAGAUGAUGAAUCAUCAAGUGAAUUUAUUGAAACAGAUGCUAAUGUUCAAACUGAAAGUAAUUGGAGAAGUGUAGUGUCAAGAUGGAUUAAUAUGUUGGAAGAUGAAUCAAAUGAAGAAUAUGAUAAUGAUAAUGAAAGUGAUAGUAAUGUUGAUGAUGAAGAACUUGAAAUUAAUGUUACAAAUAUAUCAAAUUUGCCUCAUCCUGCUAGAGAUCAAAAUUCUAAAUGGAAACUUCAAGAUAUUUUUAUUGAAAGUUUAGGAGAACCCAAUUAUUUGUCAGCUUUUAUUUUAGGUAACAAUUAA